ACUCACGGAGACGCUCCGGCUCUGGCGCCAUGACGUCCCUGAAGAUGCUGCUCUUGGCCGCCCUGCUCCUGGGCGCCUCUCUGCAGCUCGGCCGUGCAGCUCGAGCCACCAACGUGGGGCGGGAGUGCUGCCUGGAGUACUUCAAGGGAGCCAUUCCCACCAAAAAGCUGGUGCACUGGUACAAAACCUCACCCGAGUGUCCCAAGGACGCUGUCAUCUUUGUGACCGCCAGGGGCAGGCUUGUCUGUUCAGACCCUGAGGACCGGCAUGUGAAGAAGGCAAUUAGACAUUUGCAGCGCCUCAAGAAGUAACACAGCAUUGCCACCACCUAGGACUGAUUUUCUCCCUGAACCAUUCAGAGAUUUCUGGCCUCAGUGCUCAGGACCCCAGCCCUGAACUGCCUGAGGAGCCACAGCAAGGGAGACCCAUCCCCUUCCUGAACUAAAGCCAGAGGCACAGA